GAAAACUUCCGUAAGUGAGGUACAACUCGCACCACGAAGAACUGAUGAGUAAAUUGUCCCGCCGGAGCAAACAACCACGGAAACAUACGUUUUUUGUUUUUAAUCGUCUGACUGUUGUCAGCUGACGUUCCCUCGUUACAAUUGUUAUUCGGUUUAACGUUAGGUAGCGAUACAGUUUAGCCCAGAACGGAGUCGGUUACCUGCUCGAAGCUGCUAGCUUGUCGAGCAAACCUUACCUUGCUAAUUGUCGCCGAUUGCCGCCCACCCACCUUUUGUCCACUUGUACCAGUUCACUAACACGUCGUCUCUGCUCGGUCAGUGAUAUGUCACUGUGGAUUUACCGGGGGCAGCUGACAGGUCUGUUUCUUUUACUCUCUGAGAGCAAUUGAAUGCAGUGAACCAAGCAACAGUUGGGGCACAUACAACCACAUAUGUCAAGGAUGACCAUGGAAGACAUGAAGAAUGAAGCCGACACCAUCUCGAUGGUCUCAAUGGCUCUCUAUACUGUGAUGUAUCCUGUAUUUAACCAGUUGGAGAAAGUCAAUUUAUCAGCAGCACAGACCUUGAGAGCGGCCUUUAUAAAGGCUGAGAGGGAAAACCCAGGGCUGACACAUGACAUCAUCAUUAAGAUACUAGAGAAGAAGAACUUGGAGAUUAACUACACCGAGUCUCUACUGCGUAUGGCAGCAGAUGACGUGGACGAUUUUCUGAUUGACAGGCAGGAGGCAGAGUUCCAGGAGCUGAAUGAGAGGGCCAGAGCUCUGAAGCACAUCCUGAGCACCAUACCUGAUGAGAUGAAUGACAGAGUACGCUUCCUUCAGACCAUCAAAGACAUUGCCAGUGCCAUAAAGGAGUUGCUAGACACAGUUAACACUGUCUUCAGGAAAUACCAGUAUCAGAACAGGAGGGUCCUGGAACAGCAGAAGAAAGAGUUUGUGAAAUACUCCAAGAGCUUCAGCGACACUCUCAAAACCUACUUCAAAGAUGGAAAGGCUAUAAGCGUGUUUGUCAGUGCCAACCGGCUCACCCACCAAACCAACAUGAUACUGCAGACCUUUAAGACGGUGGUGUAGGAGCCCAAGAAGACACACGCACUGAAUAAAAGCAGAGGUCUUUUUUCAUUUCCUUUUGUUUUUAACCCGAAAAUCAGCUUUAUACACUGUAAGGCCAUUUUAUUACUUGGGUUGUAUAAUUUAUAGCUUUAAUUUUUUUAGAGGAAAGUGAAGUGGUGUUGGCAAGUGCAUUGUUCAGGCAGAAAAUUUUACCUUUGUUUUAUUCUUGUGUCCUUUCAGCUAUUUCCAGUUCUGUUCAGCCUUCCUUGUCUAAAAACUUAAUUAAUUUAGAUGAAUUGCGGGUCUUAAAGUUUAGGCAUGGCAGAGAACUUGGCCACACAUUUUAUUUAGCUGUUGACCCUUGACCCCAUGUCAUCCUAAUGUGUUUUCAGAUACACUGUUAAGAUAAAGAAAAUAACAGAAUUAUGAAAUCAAACAUGUGGUUGAACAGCUUGUUUUCCUUAUUCUACUCUACCCCUGACUGAAGACGCAGUUAUACGUCACCGUGUUGCAUCUGAGAGUGGAGUGAGUCCAUUAUACUAAAGUGGACAACAGUGUGUUAGCAUGUCUUGCUUAGCCCAGUCUCUCUGCAUUCAUCUGUAUCAAGCUCUAGCCUCGUAGCGAUGAAUGUACUUCUGUAAAUUUGAGGCAUAUUGUUAACUAACUGGUGCAAUAACCACCCAGGACAAUUAAGAGCUGAAAGCAGUUUUGUUUGAACUAGUCUGAUGUAACCGCUGCCAAGUUUACACGCGCGUCAGACUGCAAGAGUGAAUAAAUAGGUACUUGUUUCCUUUUAAUAUUCCUCUCUGGUUUGUCCUCACUGUACUGUACGUGUCUCCCUUUGACUAUAAAUUAAAGACUGGGACCUGAGCUUUCUCUCAUAUCCUCUUGUACACCCGGACAUGAUGGUGUGCAGUCUAAAACAAAAUGGCACCGCAGAGUUACAAA